AUGAGAAACCUCGUCCCCUGCUUCGCCUUCAUCAAACGGUCCACGUUUCCCGACUCCUCUCCCGUCGAUCUCAGCCGUCCGUUCCGUUCGCGCCCUGUUUUCCAGAACUUCAACUCUCUCUUCAUCGACCACAACACCUUCUCCGAGCCCGAACCCGAUCCUGUUCCCGAUUUCUCCGCCUUGAUCGCCUCUCAGCGGUUUUUCUUCUCGUCCCCUGGCCGGUCAAACUCCAUCGUCGAAUCCUGUCCGUCCAUUUCCACCGGAUCCUCCUCGUUGGUGUCCCCCUCGCCGUCGGAUCGCCUUUCGACGGCUAUGGACGGAGGAGACGAGUCGUCGAGUGACAGCGUGGCCGUGCAGACCGACUCGCCUGACCCGUAUGCCGACUUCCGGAGAUCGAUGGAGGAGAUGGUGGAGGCGCGCGGUCUGCGCGACGCCAAAACUAACUGGGAAAAGCUGCAUGAGCUCCUUCUCUGCUACUUGGCCCUGAAUCCCAAAUGCGCUCACGGCUUCAUCGUCCGAGCCUUCUCCGAUCUUCUCGUGUCCCUCAUGUCGUCUUCGGAGAAUAAAUCGGAGGAUGGUUGA